UUUCAUAGAGAUGAGUCGCAAUGUGAUGAUAUAAAGAUAUUGCACUUCACAAGAGUAGUUCCAAUUAAUUGAGGAAGUAUUUUAGUAAUAAAAAACUGAAAUUUAAAUAUUUUUUCGUGAAAUUAAAAAACAAAACUUGAGUGGGAAGAACCGUAAUCAUCAGCGACUCACCAUUAUUCAUCACCAUGAUUCUUUCUCGAAUCAGUCGUUCAAUCUCCCGAUCUUCUCGCUCAUCAUUUUUGAAUCCAACAAUUGGUUGUAAUGGAUUUGUAGAAAAAGCUGCAAACGAAACCGGUGGAUUUGCUUCCCGAAGUGAAUCUGGUUUAGGUUUUUUCAAUUCUUAUUUUUCAACGAUUACUUCUGGAAAAUUGGCUGUUUAUCCAUCGUUUUCGUCGCUUUCUAGACCUUAUUUUGCUAAUCCUAGUUUCUCUAGGGUUUUCUCCAGUGAUGCCGCUAAUAAAAUAAAUUAUGAGAUAAAGGAGGGUACGGGAGAAAAUAAGAAUGUUCUUCGUCCAUUAUCUCCUCAUCUUCCCGUUUACAAGCCGCAACCUCACUCUACGCUGUCAAUUUUGAAUAGAGUGUCAGGAAUGUACCUCACUGGUAUGCUGGUGUUGUUCCAUCUUGUUUACCUUAAGGCUGGGGCAAUUUGUUUCACCCACCCAAGUUUUUACCAGACAGUAUUUUAUUCAUCAAAACUUACUCUAGUAUCUCUUGAGGUUGCUGCCCUUGCUUUUGCUUACCAUUUUUACUAUGGUAUUCGGCAUGUGAUGGAGGACUUUUCAGGACUUACCAUUCUCAAGAGAAUGAUAAAGUGAAAAUAAUUUGAGUGUUUGGAUUUACAUUUCACCUUUUGUUUCCAAAAAUAAAACGAAUUAUCCAUUCUUGUGGCCCAUUUGAAGUGUUAUCUUUGGCUUAUAUGUCAUAUUAAGCCUCACACAUUAAACUUUGUCAUCGUUUUUUGUAUAUUGGCACUUGCUUCUCUCACUACCUUUUAGAUAAACAUUUAUCCUUUUGAUUGUUUGGAUGGUCUUCCUUAUUGGUGUUUGGUAUAUCUUUCUCUGUCUCAAGUUGUUGCUUCAA